GCUGGCUAGUUGACACAUUCUCUUUGUGCCCCCUCAACAACAUCUUGAACACGACUUGUUAUCGACCUGUUAAAAUAUUUGAGAGGACGCUAUACAGAGGACAGCUUUAAUGUGUGGCGACAAAUGUGCCAUUAGCUCUAUGUACUAAUUGCGGCGUUGUGCACAUAAACAAUCAAAUGGCGAACACUGCUAUUAUUAAGGCAGUUUGGGGGAGGGGAUUACGGCUGAGAUGAAACCGCAAAGAUAUCAUCGGUGCACGUGAAGACAACGCCAGUUGUUGUCCGUGGCUUGUACCGUUUUGAAAAAGUUGUUUGGGGGAAAAAAAAUCUGAAGCUGGCAACGAUGCAUCGCCUGUUAGCGGAUUUGAAAGCAUCCUGGAGGGAAUAUAUGGUUGUAUGCUGACAAGAGACCUUAACUUAUUUGAUGACUGUGAACCCAAAGAGGUGGCUGACUGGUCUCCGGAGGCAAACUGCUCCCACUGCUCAUUCUGCAGCCUUCCUCUGGAUAAACUCGGUGAUCUAGCACCUGCAAACACCUCACCCCUCCCCUCACCCUCGGUUUUCUCUCUAUGUCAAGUUCCAACCAUCUCUGAGAGCAGCCAGACAGCUCACAAGUUCCUUCAAGCUGUGUUCCACAAGAAAGAUGCGUCUCUACGCUGUGAUGCCAACAUUCCUCGGAUUGCCCAGGAGCUGAUGAAGAAGAUGAUACACCAGUUCGCCAUGGAGUAUGCGUCCAAGUGCCUACUCCACACCACUUCGAUGGAUAUUACAAUAAGAACAUCUUCGCCUUUUUCUUCUGAAACAUCAGAUGUCCCCUUGGACCUAACCGUAAGCCGAACUCCGGAGGAGACUGAAAGGGAAUCUGAUACAGCAGAUGGUGUCCUUGACCUCUCCAAAAAGAGCGGCGUCAGCUCAACAGCUUCAUCAACAUUGUCAUCGAAUGUCAAAGCCUCAGGCUGCCCACCUCCUUCAGAUAAAGAAGAGUUGGGAAAUAUAGAAAAGGGGACGCAUCACCAGCAAUCUGCGCUGGAUGUCGUCCUUAGCUCUCUCUGCCCAGCACAUCGUUCCUUACUCUACCAGAUGCUAAAGUUGGCACACAAGGAAAAAUUGCUCUCCUCCCCUGCCCACAAACCUGUUUUUCCAACAGAAGCUCACUGCUGUCAUUGUGGAUUGUAUGCAGAUGAUAAUGUUAUCCUUCAUAAGUGUAGCGCUCUUAACAGCAGUACAUUAUACCCUUCGUCUGAUUGUGGUCAUCAAGGCUGCGGAAGCACAACGUGCCAUCCCGGAGACUUGCCUCUAAAAGGUUGUAAAGGUGUAGCUCCUUUGGACCUUAACAACCACUGUAUGCAAAGUUGUAGGAUGGACACUUACACUCUGAUUUGCCCCAAGAGGCUCCACUGUACUUCUAGUCAAGGUCUGCCUGCAGAUCAAAUCAAGAACAUAAUGUGUUCCUUUGGUCCUUGCUCAUCAAUCUGCUGUAAGCAACAUCCCCACCCUUAUUUAUGUGUUACAAAUCACACCUGUGUGACCCAGCUUAAGAACGCAACAGGAGAUUGUGAGCCUCCUCCUCCUGUCCUGAAAAGAGAACAGAGCCCUUCUCCUCCACCGCUUUCGCCAAUCCUCUCAGAUAUUCAUAAAUUAACUGAUGAAAUGCCACCUUCCCUGCUUCACCAUAAGCAAGAGGGAGAAGCUGCCCGCAUGGUUAAAGAUCAUCCAAGUAUGCACCAGGAGGUAAUUGUAGAUGCAGCAAAAAGAGAGGCACUUGAGUCUUGGACUCCAAGAAGUAGUCUAGCUGAGAAGAACCAAAGUGGGACUUUACUGCAAGAUGUUGUGAACCGCUUUAGUGAGAAACUUGAUACCAUCAGACCUUCAGAGAAAGAUCCAGCUCUGGCCUCUUUGGCCAUUGUUUCUGAACAGGAGCAGCUACAGUCCUCAACCAGCCAAAACCUGCAAUUUCCUGCUGAUGCCCAUCUGACUGAAAUUAUCACCACUGUGCUUCAUACACGCAGUCCCAGUGACUAUAACCUCAGUGAGCUGUUUAAUCGCCAUGAUAGCAAAGAGUCCAGGUUGCCUAAUACACGCUUCCGUCGUCGCCAGGAAGUGCUUGCUGCAAUGGCGAGAAAGGCUGAUGGUGCUACAACCCGAAGGCAAAGUUUGAAAAUUAAACGAGAGCUUGCAAUGUUUGAUGCGUCAUACAAUAGAAGAAAGUCAUCACAUGCAAAGAGAUCACAAUUAAACGAUGCUAAUGGUGUUGUAAAUACAUCUAGCACUUUGUUUGACUUAAACAUAAUGCCAGAAGAGGAAAGAGAAACUGAGUUGAAUACGGACUAUCAAAGCGUUAACGGGGUACCACUCAGUAUCACUCCCGCAAGUAACAGAAAUGAUGAAACGGGGGGGAAAAAGGAAAGAGAAAAAGACCUGAGCCAAGCAAUGUCCCAUGAUUUGCAAAGCAAAUUUUGUAACCAUUGUUCUCAAGAUGAAAAUGAGCUGCCACAGGUGAAGACUCAGUGUGAGAGACGUUGCCAAAAGGACAAGGUUAGUGCAAAUUGUGAUGCCAUGAUUCUUGAAUAUGCCCCGUCAGGUCAACGCUGCGGCACCCCUGAGUGUGAUUAUGGGUCAGUUGAAAAUCAAAGACAAACUAUCAUUACAGACUGUCAUCCAGGUCAAGAAAACCAGAGCAUUGAGUCAAGGAGGUCACGGAGAAACAUUGUCCCUCCACAAAGAUUCUCCUCUUACGUCACAGAAACCAGGAAGAUGUUCUUUGCAGCUUGUUUCUCUGAAAGUAUAUUUAACCAGAGAACUCCUGAUACAAAUGCCGUCACGUCUACCACCUCAGAUGCCUUAUUUCAAAAUUUAGAUGUUGAGAAUGCUCAGUUUGAAUCAAAAACCAAAUCGUCUGAUCUCCCAGACACCUUUGCAUUAACCAGUAGAGAAGGACACAGUUCAUUUCAUACAGAAUCAAAAGAGCAAAACCAGGAUGUGCAACAAACUCUAGCAGUCAAAGAGACUGUGUGCACUUCCAAACCUUCGGAAGAAACACGGCCAUAUCCAAAAAGACCAUCAUUCUUGAACACUGCGUCAAGAAGGCUCCAAUACCCAAAUGUCAGGGUUAUGACCAGGUCUGCUACCUGUGCUAAGAAUACUUGUACCUCUCUAUUCCAGUACACAAGCCCAAUUAAGUUAAUGUUUGUAACACCAUUAAAAGAAGGUAUCAUAUAUAGUCUUAAAUCAGCAAGGUCUGGCUCAAAUGCACAAGCAGAGGAACUCUUUGACCCAUGCAAAGAGUCCUCCUGGGGAGGGACACCUGAGAAGAAGCGAAUCCAGAUCACUGAAUGUGCCGUGCCACUUAUCAGGCCUAAUUGCAAAUCCACUACCUCAUUUGAUAAAUCUUCACGGUACAUAAAGUCUUCUCCUUCACAGAGACUAAAGUCUGGUUCUUCACCAACCAAGCCACCUUUAACACCAAAGUCAGGUUCUUCACCUGCCACGGUUUUCUCAUCACUUAAGUCAGGUUCUUCAUCAGCUGAGUCAGCUCCUGCUCCAUUUAAGUCAGGUUCUUCACCAGCUAAGUCCCCUUCCUCAUCACCCAAGUCAUCUGGAAAAUCUACUUCUUCGCCCAAGAUAGCCUCUUCAUCCCCCAAGAUAGCCUCUAAGAGAUCAGGUGAAGUUACUCCAGCUAAGAAUCCAUUCGGAACGGAGAAUCAAAGAUCACCUGGGGACUUGGAGUCAUUCCAUGAAAUCACUCCCCUGAAAAGACGCCCAGGCCGGCCAAAGAAGCUGGGGCCACAUCUGGAGCAAAAAGUGAAGAGACCAAUUGGUCGACCACGUAAACAGAAGCCUGAGCAUGCAGCAACAGGGACAAGCAUGGCAAAUGUACCAACAGACAUGGAGGAGAAAGUCAACAAGAACCUCAAAAUAACUGUAGUCUACGGCCGUUCAAGAAGAAACAAACGAAUGGUUUCGGAGAGCUUUGAUCAGCUCCAAACAGAGUUUAGAGAUGCCUGUCUAGCAGUAGGUCUUAAAAACGACCUGAAUGUAACACAAAACUAUAAAAUCAAUUUAGGACAUCCCAAAAUGGAUUCACCAGAAUUCCCUGAGGGUUUACAUUAUGCCAACCCUAUAAAAGAAGCCGUACUCCACCCUAGCAGUAAGAUCAAAUGCCAGAAAAGCGAGAAUGCGUUACCCUCAAGGAAACCAGGUAGACCAGCAAAAGUUAAAAUCUCUGGAAUCUCAGUCACUGUGACCACAGUGUCACCAAAGCAACGUAAAAUUUUGAUUGAGAAGGACUCUCCCAAAAGAAAAAUGAACAAGAAAGCACUCCUGCCACAAUUUCAACGUGCCAAAGAGCCCAGGACAGUUAGUUGUCCCUCUGCUUGUGAAAACCUGCAACCAGAGGAACAAAAAGAAUCCCAGAGUAAAAACAGUAAAGUGCAAAAUCAGCCUUUAGCUGUACGUCAUUCAAAGAGAGUGAGUAAGCCCUCAGUGUAUUUUUUGCAUGCCGUUGCCACCUCCAGAACUCCAACAUACAGUCACAGUAAUGCGCUCUUACGACGCUCCAAACAACUUCUGCUGAACAAGGCCUGCAAUCAAAGAAAACAAGAAAAACAGAACAGGAUAGAACAUUCGGUCUUGAAAAGGCAGUGUUGUGAACAGGAGAGCGAGAACAUCUCUCAGGAUCUCACUCGAAUAGCAGGUAUUUCUUUAGACUCAAGAUUUGCUCCAAAAGAGACGCUCUGUUGGUGGGCAGCAUCGGCUGAAGAAAAGACCUUGAACCAAGAGUUUGCCAGACGCAUUCAGCUCAUCUCUGACACCUGGGUCUCGGACACUGUGGAGAACCGGAGGGUAGACCUCCAAUUCCAAGUAAACACUGGAAGUAGUUCAUCGUUCACCAAGUCCAAACAUUCUUCAGUAAUUCAAACAUUGUUCAGCUGCCCCCCUACUAAACCCAGAUCUUGUAGCAUGCAGCAACUCAGCUCCUGGUUUAUGGAGACAACAGAGACACAGUCACUGGCUAUUGUCAAGAAGACAAGCUCUCGCAAUCAUUAUGAAGUUAUGCACUUCCCUCGCUCUGUCAUCAAACAAGGUGCCAAGUGCCAAAGUCCUCAGGCAGAACGACUUCGCAGACAUCUCAAGAAGUUUGCCAAAACUUUGCCAAAGAGCCCCCUCCAACAUGAAAAAGCCCAAAAAAGGUUGAUGGUAAUUAAGGAAGCUCCAUCAAUCCAAAACAUUAGGCAACAACUCCUCGUUCACAAGAAUGUAAGGGGUAGCCUCCACCAAGGAACUACAUGGAGGCGGCCCCUAAGCAAAUACAAGGCCACACUACUCCGGGUGAGGAGACUCUUCCAAACCCUAAAAGAAAGGAAGUGGGCAAAUGUAAGAAACACACAAGUAACUGCAUGUAGGCCAGAAAUGUUAAUUGGACUUAAACCAAAACGGAAGGCUUUGAAACUGUUUAAAGAGGAGUUGUCUGAAGGUUCGAAGAUCAGUUCUUUGGCCCAAUCCGAGGAGCCUGUGGGUACACCAAAAGAGCAAAACAUCUGCUCCAAAGCCUGGAGUCCUGAGACCAUAAAGGAAUGCCGGGUAUUUUUGAAAAAGAUCAACUCCCCAGACAACAAAUCAGCCCAAGAGUGGGACUCCUGUACCGUGACACUGGAUGAUAAGUCAGCCUCUGCAUUUGUGUUUGCUGGAAAGAAGAGACAACUGGUAGGAGUUGUUCAAGCUGUGAAAAGAAAACGGUGCACAAAUGGCAUGGCUGCGUCUACAAAACUGACCGAUUCGGCACGUAAAUCACUCCAGAAGCUGGAUGAAAUGCCUUUGGGGAGGCAGAAGGGCAAAUGUCCUGGCCUUGUGUCUGCUGAACCACCACCUGCAAAAAAGCUACGACAAUCGCGGAUGAAGGGCUUAAGUGGACCAAGGUGGUGUGACUUUGUCCUGGGAAGCUAGAUGACGCAGAAGGCCUCCAUCCUUCGUGGGAAAUGGACUGUGGUGUUUUGUGGUGCCUUUGGACACUGAGCUGACCGUGUGGACUGAUCAUUACACUACGGUUCAGUCUUGCCCUCAGCAAUUAUGUAGCAGUCUAACUUAAGAAAAUAUUGAUGUUGCACUAUUUUUAUAUGUAGAGGUUAGACUUUUUGGAAAUACCCUUCCUUCAUAAAGCAAGCCUUGUCUGAAGAGCCGUGUUUGUAAGACAAAGGUCGAUUGCAUAAAGACAGUACUCUGCCCUCGACAUACCUCUUCCCCCUCAAACUCGGCAAACAAACUUUAGAUAGUUUAAAAAAAAAAUGCCUCCGACACAAUAAAUAGAAAUGUUAAUGUAGCACUGCUUAGAUGCGCACACGUGCUUAUUGUAUUUUUUUCUUGAAUCAUUUAAAUUGAGCUCAAUUGAAAUGGAAAAAAGACUUUCCUACUGUCCAAAGUUUUAUGUUUGCUGAUGGCAGGUCACAACUUGGAACUGAGGAAUUGUUGUGUGAAUGAAGGUCAAACACAAUUAGUAGGUUUCGUCAUCAAACCACAAUUGGCAACAAAAAAAAAAAAUACUAGACGGAAUUGGCAGCAUGCAGUUUUUUUUUGUUUGUGCAUAGACUUUUUCUUUUAAGUGUUGUCGUUUUCACCCAAAGCAUUUACUGUUACAAAUGGGACACCGCCAGCAUCAGAUGUACUUGUUGCACUAUUUGAGAUUUAGAAUCCCACAAAAAUUCCUCCCCCCAUAUUUUGCACAUCCUAUGUUCCACUACCAACACCUACUGUACAACGAGAGAAUCAAAUGUGGUGCAAUACAAACCCAGAUGGUUUCUAUCAGUAUUUAGUCAUUAUUUUAUAAGUGAGAGAUGGAUGUACACAAUGACCCGGGAUGUCACUUUAAGUCUCCAUGUAGCCCUACAAGUUGACUAGACUAGCGAUGGGCAUUGGAACAACAUUUCCUAGACUGACUCAAAUUAUUUUAAAGGAAUGGAAGAAGUGCUGUCUGAAUGUUCUAAUCUUUUUUCCCCAAUGCCAGUGUUGAGUCGAAUAAUGCUGCCUGGCAGUUGUCCGUGUUGUAGUUCAACUUGUCAACCAGUUGAGACUAAAUCACUCACUAACCACUAUGUAGUGGUUACGCCAUUUUGUAAUGGUAUCUGAAUGCUUAGUGAUCAAAUUCAGUGCCCUGUAUAGUGCACUCAAAAUUUCCCACAAAGCAUAGCAAAAAGUAGUGACCAACAGGUGGUCACUCACCGAGUCGUGAUAUGCCGUAAUGCAUUGAGUCUUCAGAGAAGAAAAUAAUGGCGGGACGACAUGCGUCGCAGAUGGGAGUGAAUUUUUUGUACAAAUUUUAACUUUCCAACAAAGGAAAAAACAAAACAUGACAAGUAUUCAGUUACAAAAUCCUCUCAUUUUGGCUAUUUCGACCUCCAUAGAGUGACUCUCUCACAUGGACUUAGUAAUAAACUGUACAUUUUUUGGGGGCUCUGACAGCUACUUCUGUGACACAGUUUUAUAUCUGCUUUGUCCAGAUUUGGCUAAGACCGCCCCCUUUCCUCAGUGUAGAAGAGCCAUUUGAGCACGAGUUUGUCAUUUCGACAGCGCAGAGGUAGGCGGAGAUCUUCGCUAGUGACGUAGAUAAGCUGGAGAAAUUCCACUGAGCUGAUGACAGGCUUCUCGGCAGAAAAACGUCUGGAACUCAGGAAUGCUAUGUAGUGAGUGAACACUUUCAGACAGCAUAAAUCAACUAGCGCACUCCAUUUUGAACUUGAGUUUCACCAAUUCUUUUGGAUUUUAGAUCAGUAUGCCCAUCCCUAGUCAAACUAAAGCAGAAAAAUAUACACAUUAUAGCAUUAAAUGUUUUGUGUUCAAUGAAUGUUCUAGCAUUAUAUCCGGUUUAAAUGCAGUUGAGAGAUCUGUUGCUCUCAAGUUCUUGUUUAUUUUGCCUUAUAUUUGUUUCUCCAAGAUGUAUGAAUGAUAAAUUGACACUAAUCUUGGAUCAAGCUCAAGUUUGUCCCUGCCCUCCUAUCUCGUGAGUGGAUUUAUCAAAGUUUUUUUUAUUUUUUAACUUUCUGUAUAAAAACAUCGUGCCUGGCUACCCAUCUAUUUAUGUCACUGCGGUCACAUUUUAGGGGGCGUGAUCCAUUUUUGUGGAAAAAUAACCCACUCAAAAAACUUGGUGCUAAACUUAUGUUGUAUAUUUUCUUGUGGUUUUAUACUGUCCUUUACAGAUGCAAUAGAUGGCUGUGUUUGGAGAAAUAAAGAUGUUUUCCCCUAAAUACCCCGUGAGC